AUGGUGAUGUUGUUGAUGUUAAAACAUAUGCGAGCCUUUACCAAUGGCGAUAAUGUGGCUGAGGUUGCUGUUACAGAAUAUCCGAAGGAGUUUAAUUUGAGGACCGCAAUAAAGUUGGAACGCCGGUUUCUUAAGGUUAUUUCGGAGAACUUUCUGAACAUGGACGGCAUUAGGGGAAACAGAGUUCAUCAGAAUUGGAAUCAUGAGGAGUUGCAACGCUGCCCAUAUUCGAAGAUUGGUCGGGAAACCGGGUGCAAGUAUUGCCUUGGAACAGUGUACUGGGAUGACACAUUGAGAAUAACUGGCCUUAUAAUCAUGUCUGCUAGAAACCUGAAAUCGUCAGCUAAAGAUUAA